AUGGCCACCAUCCUGGAGAACAUGCAGAAGGCGAGGUUCCUGCCGACGGGGCCGCUGAGGGACGACCUGCCCACCACCUUCCAGGGCGAGGGCGGCAAGGAGGGGGAGGGCCACCUCAUGGGCAUGCGAAAGCGCCUCUCUAGCUUCUCCGGCAAGAUCCAACCCAUCUCCUUCGCGUCCGCCAAGUGGGUGAUCCGUCGCACCCGGUCCGCGCCGUCGAUUGCCGUCGGGUUCGCCGGCGGCCCGCUCAAGCGCUGGUGGGACUGGGGUGUCGGCUGGCUGCUCUCCAAGAAGCUCGGCUUCGUCGGCGACCUGGAGAUGAACGAGGAGGAGGCGGCAGACCGCUGA